AAGUUCAGAGUUAAGAUCCUAAAUCUUCUCUCUGUAUAUAAACCAAAAGAGAAUUGCUUUCAAUGAAACCGUUCCACCACCAAAGGUUGUCUCCUCCAAACAUAUUAUCAUUUUUUGGGGGGCUGAAUACAGAGGAGAGCUUUUAAGAAAAAAAACAGGGGAAGGAGAAGCAAAUCUACAGAGACCCAAUGGGGUUCUCAAGGCUUCCGCUUUUCCUUCUUCCUGUCAUGCUUUUCUCUAUGCUGCAGAGACCCACGUUCGCCAUCAAAAAGUCUUAUGUGGUAUACUUGGGAUCACAUUCACAUGGUCCGGAAGCCACACAAGCAGAUUUUGAUCUAGCAGAACAAUCUCAUUACGAGUUUCUGUCGGAUUUCGUUGGAGGCCCCGAGGCCGCCAAAGAAUCGAUUUUGUACUGCUACACAAAACACAUCAAUGGUUUUGCAGCGACCCUUGAAGAAGAGAAGGCAGCUGAGAUUGCAAAGCAUCCCAAAGUCAUGUCAGUUUUCCCAAACAAAGCAGUGCAAUUACAUACAACACGAUCAUGGGAUUUUCUUGGACUUGAGAAAAAUGGUGCAGCUCUACCUGGGUCGCUCUGGGAGAAGGCCAGAUUUGGGGAAGAUACAAUUAUUGGGAACCUUGACACUGGUGUGUGGCCGGAAUCAAAGAGCUUUAGCGACGAGGGAUAUGGACCCAUUCCAACAAGAUGGAAAGGAGGUUGUACAGACACUGCCACUGAUGGAGUUCGUUGCAACAAGAAACUGAUUGGCGCCAAGGCCUUCAGCAGAGGGUACGCAUCGGCCCUUGGCCCUCUACUCGCCUACAAUACUACACGCGACGAAGACGGCCAUGGGACCCACACCUUAUCAACCACGGGCGGAAACUUCGUCCAAAACGCCAGUGUCUUUGGAUUUGGCAGCGGCACGUCCAAGGGAGGGUCGCCAAAGGCGCGUGUCGCCGCCUACAAGGUGUGCGGGAAACAAGUCCCAGGAGUUGGUGGCGGGUGCUUAGACGCCGACAUCAUUGCCGCUUUCGAUGCAGCCAUUCACGACGGCGUCGACAUUCUCUCUUGCUCCCUGGGAAGCCCCCCAGGUGCGUACUUCACUGACGGCAUGGCAAUCGGCUCUUUCCAUGCCGCCAUGAACGGUAUCCUUGUGGUAGCCUCCGCCGGGAACGACGGUCCAACUCCCGGCUCCGUCUCCAACGUGGCCCCCUGGAUGUUUACGGUAGGCGCCAGUACCAUAGACCGAACCUUCCUGGCCUCCGUGAAGCUUGGCAACAAUAAGGUGUUGAGAGGGCAGAGCCUCACCCCAAAUUCCCUGCCCUCGAAGGGCCAGAUGUACCCUCUGGUGACAGGUGAUGCCGCAAGAACGAAGACAGCUUUGCCCCAGACAGCCGUGUUCUGCAACGCAUCGACGCUUGACCCGGCGCUGGUGAAGGGAAAGAUAGUGGUGUGCUUGAGGGGUGGCGGAAGCGGAAGGGUGGAGAAGGGGCAGAAUGUACUCUCUGCAGGGGCUGCCGGGAUGAUAUUGGUUAACGAUAUAAAAUCUGGGAAUGAUGUGAUCGCCGACGCUCACAUGCUCCCUGCGUCGCAUAUAACAUACACGGAAGGUCUUGUGUUGUACCAGUACAUCAAUUCGACGAAAGCACCCACUGCAUACAUCUCACCGGUCACGACGGAGCUCGGGACGAAGCCAGCACCUGUGAUGGCCUCAUUCUCCUCCCAGGGACCCAAUGUUAUCACUCCCGAGAUUCUCAAGCCCGACAUCACUGGACCAGGGGUGAGCAUAAUCGCCUCCUGGACCCAAAAAAAUGGGCUCUCCGGUCUGCCGGGAGAUACUAGACGGCAACUCUUCAACUCUGAGUCAGGGACGUCCAUGUCUUGCCCUCACCUCGCUGGUGUUUGUGGCCUCCUAAAGUCACUCCAUCCCACUUGGAGCCCCUAUGCAAUCAGAUCUGCCGUCAUGACCACCGCGAGAACAAGGGAUAAUGCAAAGGAGACGAUGCUGAAUGCUUCGAAUGUGAGAGCAAACCCAUUCAUGUACGGAUCUGGACAUGUUCGACCAAACCGUGCCAUGGAUCCUGGUUUGGUCUAUGAUCUUAACAGCAUUGACAACUUGAACUUCCUAUGUGCCAUUGGCUACAACGAAACUCAGAUGAACCUCUUUAUCGAGUCGAAUACUCCUUACAAAUGCCCCACCCCUCCCAUCAAUCUCCUGGACUUGAACUACCCUUCCAUCACAGUACCCAACCUCUCCGGCUCUGUCACUGUGACGAGGACAUUGAAGAAUGUUGGGACUCCAGGUACAUACAAGGUCAGGAUUAUUCCUCCCUCAGGGGUUUUUGUUACGGUGGAGCCAAAUACCCUGACAUUCGAUUCAGUCGGACAAGAGCAGACAUACAAAGUAACCCUCAAGACUAAGCGACCUGGUUAUGCUAAAGACUACGUUUUUGGCGAGCUUAAAUGGUCUGAUGGUCAUCACUAUGUCAAGAGUCAGAUUACUGUUAAGGCAGCAGCUGCUGCAGUAUAGAGCUUUCUUGUCUCUGCUUAGAUAUUGAUCUACCAUGAAACUUAUGGUUAUUCUUUUUCUUUUUUUUUUCUUUUUUUUAAUUAUUGAAAAUCUUAAAAACAGUUAUUCUUGAUUAUCUCAUUAAGUUAUAUUCCUGUGAAGACAAGAUUGAAACUUAUUCUUCA